AUGACAAAAGAGCAAGUACACGAGGCAAAAGAUUUGAGACAUUUGUUGUCGGCCGAAGCCAAAUCAAGACAAAACUCACCAUUAAAGGAUGCUUUCAAAUACUAUAAAUUACCAGGGAUGACUUUCUUGGGAGGAGGAUUGCCCUUGUCUGACUAUUUUCCAUUUAAUAAAGUGACCGCCGAUAUCCCAACACCUUCAUUUACACGUGGUAUUGGUGCACCAUUGACUGAGGAUAAUAAAGCAACAAUUGAGGUGUACAAGAAAGCCGACGAAAAUGGCGAGAACCAAGUGGAGUUGGCAAGAUCAUUGCAAUAUGGUUAUACUGAAGGUAUGCCAGAGAUUGUCAAGUUUUUGAAAGAGCACACUGAAAUGAUUCACAAUGUGCCAUACAAAGACUGGGACUUGAUAGUUACAGUUGGUAAUACUGAGUCAUGGGACUCUACAUUGAGAACUUUUUGCUCUAGAGGUGACACCAUUUUGGUUGAAGAGUUUUCCUUCUCAUCUGCUUUGGAAACUGCCAAUGGACAAGGCAUCAACACUGUACCGGUUACAAUGGAUGAAUAUGGUAUCAUUCCAAGCGCAUUGGAAAACUUGAUGGCCCAUUGGAUUGGCAACAAACCCAAAUUAUUGUACACUAUCUCAACGGGUCAAAACCCAACAGGCUCUUGUUUGAGUGCAGAGAGAAGAAGGGAAAUUUACAAGAUUGCAUGCAAGUACGACUUUAUCAUUGUUGAAGACGAGCCAUACUAUUUCUUGCAAAUGGAAACUUACACGAGUGACAAGUCCAAGAGAGAGGGCAAACACGUUCAUGGUCACGAGGAAUUUAUCAAGGCUUUGGUUCCUUCUUUUAUCUCUAUGGAUACCGAGGGUAGGGUUAUUAGAUUAGACUCCUUCUCAAAAGUCCUCGCACCUGGUUUGAGAUUCGGAUGGAUUGUGGGUCAAGCCAACUUACUCGAAAGAUUCCUCAGGUUGCAUGAAGUCUCAAUUCAAUGUCCAUCUGGUUUUACCCUGAGUCUUACCAAUGGAUUAUUGCAAAACUGGGGACAAUCUGGUUAUUUGGACUGGUUGAUUGGUUUGCGGGCCGAAUACACCCACAAGCGUGACGUUGCAAUUGAUGCGAUUGCCGAAAACUUGCCAAAAGAUAUCACAUCCUACGUGCCACCAGUUGCAGGUAUGUUCUUUACCAUUACACUCGAUGUCUCUAAACACCCCAAAUUCAAAGAGUUGGGCCUGGAUGCACGCAAGAUUGAGACAUUGAUUUACGAGCAAAGUAUCAAACAAGGUACAUUGAUGAUUCCAGGAUCAUGGUUCAAGAGUGAAGGUCAAUCCACUCCUCCACAAAAGAACUUGCCUCAUAACCCAUCACACGACACUCAUGUGUUCUUUAGAGGAACAUACGCUGCCGUUCCUCUUGACCAAUUAGUUUUUGGUAUACAAAAGUUUGGUAAGGCUGUUAAAAUCGAAUUUGGCCUCGAAUAA